AAUCAGCGAAGGGCAGAUGGUCAGGUUCACCCUGGAGUUCCUGCAGAUCUUCCUGGGAGCAUUAGAGGAACCUUUGGGAAGCCCUUUGAGGAACUUCUGAGGAAGCUAUGAGAAAUAUUAGAAGAAGCCCUGAGGAACAUUUUGGGAAAGAUUCGAGGAACAUCUGCAGAACCUCCCAGGAACCUUAAGAGAACUUCUGAGAGCUUCUGAGAUCCUCCGUAGUCCUCAUCCAGAGGAGGAACCAUCACAUGAGCUCCAGGUCCAAUCAGAAGCUCUCACCGAGGAGGUGAAAAAGGAGGAAGGAGGUGAAGGAAGGAGCAGGAGGGAGCGAGCAAGACAGGACAGCGCAGCCUGCACCGGCGGCUCUAUCCAGAGCUCCACACAGACCUUCUUCUUCAUCACCGCACAUCCUCACAUCCUUCCUCGUGUCGUGCUAAAGAAGAGGAGCGGCAGAAGAAGGUGUCCUGGGGAUCGUGGGGUCCAGCGUGGGGUCUUUGCCUGGCUUAUCAUGUCCUUCACUGCGGCCUCGUCGGACUCCAGCCUCAGCCUCAGCCUCAUGCAGGAGGACCAGGGAAAAGGUGUCUCCCUGAGGGUCAUGGACUACUCCUAUGAUGAUGACCUGGAGGAGCUCUGUCCAGUCUGUGGAGACAAAGUUUCCGGAUACCACUAUGGGCUCCUCACUUGUGAAAGUUGUAAGGGUUUUUUCAAGAGGACGGUUCAGAACAAUAAGAGGUACACGUGUGCGGAGAAACAGGACUGCAAAAUUGACAAAACCCAGAGGAAAAGGUGUCCUUUCUGUCGGUUUCAGAAAUGCCUUAACGUGGGCAUGAGGCUAGAAGCUGUCCGAGCAGACCGGAUGAGAGGAGGCCGCAACAAAUUUGGUCCCAUGUAUAAGCGCGACAGAGCCCUGAAGCAGCAGAAGAAGGCCUUGAUAAGAGCCAACGGCUUCAAACUGGAGUCCACUCCUCCAAUGAUGUCCCCGGUGCAGACUGACUUCAGCUUCUCAGCGGGCCUGCAGGCACCCCACCACAUGUCAAAGGGCAUGAUCCCCUCCACCCAGCCCUCCAUGGUGCCCAUAGACUACGACCGCAACUCAUAUGGACCCCCUUCCAUGGGCAUGACAAUGCAGGGCCACGGGCCCCUGCCUGUCCAGUACCCACAGUACGGCUCUUUCUCCAGCAGGGCCAUCAAGUCCGAGUACCCCGACCACUACACGAGCUCUCCAGAGUCCCUUGCAGGGUUUGGGUACCCAGAGACAUACCCAGCAGGAUCUCCACAGCCCCCGUGUGUGCCACAGCUGGUGCUGGAGCUACUGCGCUGUGAGCCAGACGAGCAGCAAGUGCAAGGCAAGAUUGUGGCCUACCUGCAGCAGGAGCAGGCAGCCCGCAGCAAGCAUGAGAAGCUCAACACCUUUGGCCUCAUGUGCCGCAUGGCCGACCAGACACUUUUCUCCAUCGUGGAGUGGGCCAGGAGCUGUGUCUUCUUCAAGGAGCUCAAGGUGGGAGAUCAGAUGAAGCUCCUGCACAACUGCUGGAGUGAACUGCUGGUGUUGGACCACGUGUCCCGGCAGCUGCGGCACAGCAAGCAGGAGAGCCUGCUGCUCGUCACCGGACAGGAGGUGGACAUCGCCUCCGUGGCAAUCCAGGCGGGGGCGACACUGAGCAGCCUGGUUCAGCGAGGCCAAGAGCUGGUGGGGAAGCUACAGUCGCUGCAGGUGGACCGCAGAGAGAUUGUCUGCUUCAAGUUCCUCAUACUCUUCAACCCCGACGUGAAGCUCCUGGAGAACCAGCAGUUUGUGGAGAGCGUCCAGGAGCAGGUGAAUGCCGCCCUGCUGGAAUACACCUUGUGCAGCUACCCGCAGUUCCUGGAUAAGUUCGGCCAGCUGAUGCUACGGCUGCCCGAGCUGCGGGCGCUCAGCGUCCAGGCCGAGGACUACCUGUGCUACAAGCACCUGAGCGGAGAGGUGCCCUGUAACAACCUGCUCAUCGAGAUGCUGCACGCCAAGAGGGCCUUCGUGUGAAGCCCCGCCCCUUGCGUCCGAAGCCACGCCCAUUCCCGUGAAGCUCCUCCUCCUCGCUGUUCCACCGCAGGCGGAGUACCUGAGCCAGAGACUGUACCUUAUUUACCCUUCGAUCUCUCUGUGUUUAUCUUCUGCGAACCGGCAGAAAUUUGCACUUGAGUGCAGUUCCGGUCUAUAUUUUAACGUCUUGAGACAUUGCUCAUAAACACACGGACACACACAUACGCACACGCACAUGCACACGCACGCACACAGACCUGUAAUUGGAUAUCCGCAACUUAUGAUUUGUUUUGGAUAUGAGGUAAAUAAUUAAAAAUAUUUAAACCUCUCGUUUCACUGGCUCCUCAAGUUACAAACGCAAAGAACAUUUAUUUAUUUAGCAGAACAUUUUCUCCAAAGCAAAUUACUAUGAUUUACGCAUUUAUAUAGCCAGGUCAUUUUUACUGUAUCGGUUUAGCGUAAGUACCCUCAUCUAGGCACUACAGCUGGAGAUGAGAUUUGGAAUGGGUGGGAUGCAAGUCUGUUCGCGACUCUUUUUCUUGCUAAUUAUAAAGUCAGUUUUACUGCUAAGUCACAUUCAGUAAUACAACAAUAUAGACGUCCCUCAAUUCGUUCUCGUAAUAAGUGCUAUAAAAAUUUCUAACAAAAAAUAUUUUAAGACUUUUCAUAUAUUUUUAACUGUGAGACUAAAGGAAUGAAUUUAAGUGUAAAUGUACAUUAGAACUAUUUAAAAUUAAUGAAAUGAUUAUGAUAAUUUUUAAAAUAAUGAAAGUGAAGUAAUAUAAACGUCGUCUCCACAAAUUCUUAUUCUGUGCCAGCUGUCUGAUUUAGCUCGCGAACGUGCAACGUUUAUUGUAUCGAUAUUGAUCGAUGACACUCAGGAACACACUGACAGGUGUCCUUAGUGGACACCAGGAGAGAGCUGAAUUAAGGGCGUCCCACAAUGCUGUUCUUCGUGGGUGUGCUUUACUGCCAUCUACUGGAUCGGCAGGUAAAUGCGUUUCGCUCCUCUGGCGACAAAUUUCAGAAAACGAUUAAGAAAACGAAAUUAAUAAUUAACAAAUAAAACUGAAAAUACUUAGAGGUUUAAAAACGUGUAACCCGAUCAUUUGUAACACUAGGAGCCAGUUUAUUUCUGCUUUUUAAAGUAGAGAUGGGGGGAAAAAGCACUUCCUUAACGGAAAUAUUGAGGUGACCUCAACAAAAAGAAAUGGAAUUAUUUAGUAACAAGUUCAUUAAAUGUAUUAAUACUGCGAUUUUAAUUUAUGCAUUCGCCCAUGCACCAUUUAUCAGUGUGAAGGAGGCAUUUUAUUGCUUCGUACGAGAUAUUUUUACUGUCUGCCUUAACGUCUCAGUUCUUUUUUUCUACUCUUUACCCACUUAUAUCAAUGGUAUAUAACGAAACUUCUCAAAAAAUGAAUAAAAAAGAAUUUCUUUAAUUGAAGGAUACAUUAUUUGGCAUUUCGUACUAUUUGAGGAUAUUUGGGACAGCUAGUAGUGUAGUGGUUACAAGUGUUGCCUUUAAAUCCAAAGAUUG